GAAACGGAGCAGUCUGCAUUUUGUCUGCGUUGUGCCUUCUUUUCUGCCGGAACUCGCCUCGGAGUGCGAACUGGUCAAACUGCAGUUCGUACAGGAAGUCCACGUUCUGUUUGCUUCCCAUGUGAGCGUGUGUCCGGGCCUUCGUGUGUGCGUUCGUGCGCCUACUCAUGUGCGCAGCUGAACGGCUACACAUCAGCGAAUUCGCGUGUGCGCGCGCGUAUGCACAGGGUUCACUGGUUCGUCCACACAUUAACUACUCGAUCAGCAUCCAUUCACACUUCGACCCUAUCAAAUUGUGGCGCGCAACGCGUGGUUUCAAACCACCGUCCCAAUCCCAACAGCUUCAUCGAGGACUGCAAUCUUCAUUUGCCCCGUUAGAACAAGCUGAUCGGACGGCAUCGUGUCCCACUGCGUUGUCGUAACGCCACCACAUCAUCAGUACGCCAGCUUCCGGAAUUUAACCCAACGUGACGAAGAUGGACGUAUCACGUGUACCAUUACAAACGCCCUCCCAGCUGGCUUGGUCGAUACAAGAUGAGCGACUCGACAAAGAGGCGUUCAUUCCCAUGGUGACCAGUAAACCCCCGUCCUCGUUUAGCGCUUCAGACACCAGUUCCAAGAGCCCACCUUCGGAGGUGUCGACUGAAGGCACAGUUGAUGCACCAGGCAACGAAGUCCUGACAGUUGUUCGGCAUCGUUCCCCAUAUGCAUCCACGGACAUUCCGAAGGCAUGGGAUUCAGUCUAUUCAUCAGUACAUGAGAGUUUCGAGGAAAAUCUUGGCGGACCGGAGGCGCCUUUAAAACUGAUGCACCCAUUUUACCCCCACAGUGAAUAUAAGGAGUUCCUCUUUCCCUCUUCGGCUUGUCGUCCAGCAGAUGAGGACACAAGGCAAUCAGAAAAUUUGAGUUCAGUACUCUCGACAUGCAUGCGCUCUGCGAGAUCCAGGUCGUCUUCUUUGUCGGCGUAUUUUCAGGCGCGUUUCAACAACAUCCAAAAAGCUGAAUCACCUUUAUCAACUUUUUUAUUAUCGCGAACUUCAGAGUCCAUGCGUGGCGGGUUUCAUGAGACUGACGAUCCAGAAAUCACACCCAAUACCAUAGAUCACCUCUCGCCCUCACGUUGCACCCGGCCUUCCAUACAGGCCGAGUCGGAGUUUUCAGAAUUGAGCGGCUGUGCAUCGUCCACAUCGAUGGAUGCGCCUUAUGUACUGGAUUUUAUGGACUCCAUUCCUCCGAGUCACGGACCGUGGGGGGCAGGAAAUUCAGUUAGUGACUCCGGUACGAACAUCCCGGUACCUGGCCUUAAUGGGGUGGCCAGAAUAUGCGCUGAACAAAGUUCUCGACCUUCAUUCGCUGAAACGCUUCAAGCUCGACUGCAUGCAUGUGGCGAAAAGAAAUUGCUCCAAUCUGGUGAAUAUGCUGUAGACUCUGUGUUCUCUGUCUCAUCCAAAUUCCACUCAGAUGUGAGGAAUUCCGAAGGUACACCAAUGGGAAUGGUCCAUCAUCCGAACUUGUACGAUGUGGACCAACGAAGUGACUCAAAUAUAUUUCAACCGGUAGGGUACUUCCACCUUGGCCGAUAUCCUACACCGGUACAUAUAGAACGGGGAGUCGAACCGAUGGAAGGUAUCGAGCCACCCUUUUGCUUCUCCAGAACGUUCAUUCCGGUCCCACCUUUGACGACAUCUUUCCCCCCAGUGCCCCUGUAUCAUUCUCCGACCGCUCCCGUUGUGAGUAACUAUCACACUUUGUCGCCGCACGCCAAGCAGAUGGCGGAUGACCUGGCUAUUCCUACAGCCAUCCCAACGCCUCAUUGGCACUCAAACAGCGGACCUAUUCCAUAUCGCUCACACGGCAGCCAAGCAAUGGAAAUGAGCUCAGCGCGACGGCGAAAUGCCACACGGGAAAGCACCGCCACUCUAAAAUCAUGGUUGCAAGAACACAUCAAAAACCCUUAUCCGACAAAAGGAGAGAAAAUUAUGCUGGCUAUCAUUACUAAAAUGACGUUAACCCAGGUGUCCACAUGGUUUGCCAACGCAAGGCGUCGACUGAAAAAGGAGAACAAGAUGACUUGGACGCCGAGGCAUCGAGGCGAGGAUCUAAUCGAGGAGGAAGAUGAAGCCGAUGACACAGAUGGGCCAGUCUCGGAGGAUGGAUCAAACGCAUUGGAAGACGAGGCUGAGUUUACCAAGACAGACUCUGUUUUACGAAAUCCCGGUGAAGACGAAUCCAAACUCACAAGCCGAACCACCCACCGUAGGCCUACUGAUGUGUACAAAAAAUGUGAUCAUGAAAACAAGUUUGUUAACACAAUCGUCGCGUCAGUGGCAGCAGGGAAGACCCCAAACCACAAACGGCUGCUUCCAAACGAGCCAGUGUUCUCCACACGAUCGAGAAAUCCGAUGUUGGAACAAGUCACGCUAUCGCCACAUGUGUGCCAGCAAUCGAAAAGGCACGCUUGUGAACAAGAUGCAUUUUCUCAUGAACAGGACGCGAAUAAAAGAGAUAGUGUUGAGGUGCUAAAACCAUUGAGUGACUCAGAAACUUCUCGAUUAGAAGAGGACCAUAUGGUACUGCUAGAAAGUCUGCACCGGGCGGCAGAGCAGGCCAUGGAGCGAUCGGCUCACCCGUUUGUCGAAACAUCUCUCAGAACCGCGCUGAUUCCCUCAAAAGUUUUUAAUAGUUGCUCUAAACCAUACGGAAUACCCUCGUCGCCUGGAGCCACCGAUUCGAUCACAUCAUCGUUAGGAAUGCCCUAUUCAACCCAUUCAGAUAGCGCUCAUUCUCUUCCAUUUCAUGUAUCAUUACACAACCCUAGAGAUGGUUGGGAGAUAAGAUCUAACCGACAGACUGCUGACAUCAGCUCAGUCGAGUCUCCAAAGUAUGAAGCUUUGACACUCUCGCUUUCCGGCAAAAUGUGCAAUACCGCAAGCUCGUCCAUCACAACGAAAUGGGACUUCCAACCGUCUUCGUUAGAGGAAUUCGACUCAAGUCGGUAUCCCGCUGCAGAUGAGCGAUACAAGCAACAAUCAUGCAGAUAUUUACAACGCGAACAGCCCGAUUCUUCCGCUCUGCUAUCGUAUCGUGCCGGUGCGCACGAGAGCGAUUCACCUUGUUCUGAUGGUCCACCACCGAACAAUAAUCUCCAAAUCGCCCAACCCAGUAGCACCAUAAAUCAAAGUGAGCCACUGCACUGGGCAAACGACUGCAUCGCGAGGCCUCGAGUGAGUGGAGCUCAAGAAGAUGGUGUAUCGGCAGUGGAGUUUGGCGGCCACACGACACGAGCUACCCUUUAUGAGAACACGGCAUGUAAUAAUUUUCCAAUUACUUUAAACGUUACUUCUUCUUCGUCGUGGCCAAACAACCAACCAGGUGAAUCGCAUCUUUCUUCCUCUUUUUACCAGACGCACCUCAGUAAUCUAUCCGCCAUGGGAGCGAAUUAUCGUCCCUUUUCUCCUUUUCAGUUCACUCCCUCUAACGGUACACAGUUCACACUGCCGUCAUAAUUCACAUAAAGGGCAGUACGCAUAGAAUUAGUUGCAAUGGAUGUUACCACACGUUGUACAGAAGCAAAUUCCCCUUCUAAUUUAGCUGCUCUGCAGUCACAACCAAGUGCAAACAGGUUGUCUGGUUUUCGCAUACUUCUCUCAGUGUUCGACACCCGAAUGGCUGCAUGCUGAUUUCAAAAUGAACAAACCGAAUCUGUGAUUUGAGAACGUGCUCCAAAUUACCCCCCGAAGCCCAGAUCUUAAAUGAGUGAAUGAGUGAAUUGCUUUUAUAAUGCGACACAUGUGAUUACGUGAAAUUUUGCAUUAAUGUAUCAGUUUUUAUGAUGAUACAUGGGAUACGAGCAG